UUUCUUUCUCUCUCUGCCAGUGGGAUCAAGGUUCAACCAUUUUCAUUGGCAGUGUUUCUUACUUCCCUUUGAACCAGUUUUUAUCGAGUCCAUAAUACCUGAGGAUGAUGAGGGUUACCUUACCAUGAAAGAGAGAAAUGGAUGAAAAAGCUGAUACUACUAUUUACUAUUACUAAAGCUGAACACAUGUUUUAUAGCCUUUAAACCCAAAGCUGAUCAAUAUAAUCAUCAAACCCUAACAACAAAAAACCAAUCCUCCCCUUCUCUCCUCUCCAUGAUCUCUUAGCUUUCUUUUCUUUUUUGUUUCCUUUUUCGUCUUCUUUUUAAAUAAAGACUGUUCAACUUUACAGAGUCAGAAAAUUAAAAAUAUAUAUUGCCUUGGUAUCUUUGGGGUUAUAUUAAACUAGUUAAUCGCUCGCACCAAGAAGAGAGCUUUUGGUGGAAUAAUUACUCUACUCAUGUUGGCCAAUAACUCUUGUUCCUCACUUCCUUCCUCGGAGCCAUUUUCGUGCUUAGAGAAUGGCACUACUAAUAUCAAUAAGAGGAAAAGAAGACCCGCAGGAACACCAGAUCCAGAUGCGGAAGUGGUUUCUUUGUCGCCUAAAACGCUGCUAGAAUCGGACCGAUACGUGUGUGAGAUCUGCAAUCAAGGAUUCCAGAGAGACCAAAACCUACAGAUGCACAGGAGGCGGCACAAGGUUCCAUGGAAGCUGCUGAAGAGGGAAACACCAGUGGUGAGGAAGCGGGUCUUCGUUUGCCCGGAGCCCACUUGCCUACACCACGACCCUUGCCAUGCUCUCGGCGAUUUGGUUGGGAUCAAGAAGCACUUCAGGAGGAAACACAGCAACCACAAGCAAUGGGUCUGCGAUAAAUGUUCUAAGGCCUACGCCGUUCAAUCUGAUUACAAGGCUCAUCUUAAAACCUGCGGCACCAGAGGCCAUUCUUGUGAUUGCGGCAGAGUAUUUUCAAGAGUUGAGAGUUUUAUUGAACAUCAAGAUGCUUGCCAUAUGGGGCGUGUAAUACGGCCAGAAUCACAAGGGGUGCAGUUGGCUUGCUUGUCACGAACAGCUUCAAGCCCCAGUCCCUCCAAUGAUACCAAUUUCAGUACAGCUCCUUGCCCUUGGCCUAGUUUGGCGUUACCGAAGACAAAGGAUGCCAUGUUCUUGAGCCCUACAAAAUAUCAUAAUUCCCCUAAAAAUGCGCUCUCCCACAAUUUGGAGCUUCAACUCUUGACCACAUCAAAUCCCAGUGAGGUAUCAGUUUCACCCAAAAAACAUGAUAACGAUCCAACCCACUUACAACUCUCAAUCGGCUCGUCUGAUAUUGGGGACAAAGUUGAAUAUUCAACAGUUACUUGUACACACAAGGAUGCAAGCAACAAAUCAGGUCAUCAUGAGAAACAAGCACCCCAGCCGUUAAGAGUGGCAAUGGAGGAGAAAACUUAUGCUGAAGAGGCAAGACAGGAGGCGAAAAGGCAGAUUGAAAUAGCUGAGCAAGAGUUUGCAAAGGCAAAGAGAAUCCGGCAACAAGCACAAGCUGAGUUAGAAAAGGCUCAAGCCUUAAAGGAUCAUGCAGUAAAGCAAAUAAACUCCACCAUCCUUCAAAUUACUUGUCAUGCUUGCCAGCACCAAUUUCAAGCAAGAACACCACCCGAAGAGAACUCCCUUGUUGCGAGUUACAUUUCAUCAGCGGUAACAGAAGGUGAAGUUGAAAACGAUAUUCAAACAAGUCUUACAAAGGCGACUAACACAUAAACCCAUCUAAACAUAUCGCACCUGUACUUCGUAAACUUAUUUUUCUUACUUUCAUUCAUACUCUAUCUACUGAUAGACCAAAAAAUAUAAUAUUGUUGUAUUAAUUUGAUAAGGUUGGAGUUUGGUUAGUGGAGUGCUGUACCCUGGAAUUUGUGUGAUGUAAUUUGUUCAUUAAUUUGAUUACAUUAAUGGAAGUUGUGUAGUGUUGGGUUUUGUUGGUAAA